AUGGAUGUAUCUGUAACGGUGAUCAACUCGACUUCUAUUAAUAUUACAUGGGGCGCACCAUUAAAGCUAAACGGAUACGUAGGAUAUAAAUUAGAAAGGACAUUAGCAAAUGAAAGUCAAUGGGAAUUAAUCUUCGACAGUACAACAAGGGGAUUUACUGAUACAGGAUUACAUCCAUAUACAGUAUAUUCAUACCGUGUUCUCGCAUAUAACUUAAAAUACAACUUAAACAGCUCAGAAAGUCAAGAAGUUAACGGAACGACAGAACAAUCUGUUCCAAGUGCAGCACCACAAGAAGUAAAAGUAUCAACAACAAAUUCGACUAGUCUAAAUGUAGUAUGGCGAUCACCACCUGAUGGUAACAAGAACGGCAUUAUUACAGAGUAUCUGAUUCAAUAUAAAUCGGUAUCAGAAGUAUCAUAUAAAAAUGUCAGUGUCGAGGGUAAUAUAUUCAGUGUUGACCUUGUAAGUUUACAAAUUUUCACCAACUAUACGAUAACGGUAGCUGCCAGAACUCAGGUUGGCCUAGGACCUAAUAGUCCUAGUAUAACAAGACGAACAGACGAAGACGGUUAG